UAACUUUCCUCUUUGAAUGACUAUGGUUUUUCAUUAUUUUUGUGCUGAGAAUUGUGGUUUUAAUCGUUGAAUUUAUUAUAAACAAAUUGAUUAAUUUAAUCUUUAUACAUAUCUAGCAGAAACAAAGUACGAUUCAAGAAUUCUCGGUAUCUCAUUUCGUCAAUCCAUGAAACUAGGGCAAACGAUAUGGCAACUGCAGAUGAUAUAUCUUUAAGAGUUGGAAGGUUAGAGAUAGAAUCUUCAAAGAUAAAUAAGAAUUUGAAAGAGGAUAAUCCAUUUGUAAGUUUGGUCUUGAAGAAAAGUACUAAUUCUAAACUAAUUCCACAAAACAAAUGCAUAUGUCAUAAUCUAAGGAAGAAACACACAAUUUGUAAAAGGAAGCAUAAUAAAAUACUCAAGGAACCAGUAUUAAAGUUGUCACAAUCACAUGGUAAAAAUAGGAGAAAUGAAUGUCAACAGCAUUUUAUUAAAGGGAACUUUUCAGUGUCAUCAUUGAUAAAUACAAGUGAAAAUUUAUAUUUGCAUUCAUUAGUGGAUACAUGCAACCAGCUACAUAUAUCAACUGAGAAAAGAAAAAGCAGUGAGAGACCUACGGAUAUCAAUGAUAAUAGUAAGUGGUGGAGAAAUGAUGUUGGAAAUGAUAAAACACAAAAUCGGGAACCCAUUACUGAUAGAAGUUCAUCGAGUUCCUGCUCUCAACAGGCACUUAAUCCUCCUUGCGAUGUUACAAUUGAUGAACUUGCAAGUUAUUUUGAAACAUUAGUACAUAUACCAAAAAAAAUGUCAUCAAUGGCUGAAAUGAUGUAUAUAUAAUGCUAAUUAAGUAUAUAAGGUAAAUGAAAAUAUUACUUAUACAAAUUUAUAAAUUUUAUGUAUUGAGAAUUUAAGAAACCACAGUUUUAUGUGAUAUUGUUUUUAAUAAUAUGUGUAAUGCACACAAUUGUCACACUAUUGUCUAUCCAUAAAACAUAUAAUAUUUGUGGUACAUAGGUAAAAUAUUCUAAUUAUUAAUUUGCAUUCACCUAUAUGUACCUAAUUUUUAAUUACAAGACAGAUAAUUUUUGUAUUUACUAAUAAUCUUCAUAAGACAUAUAAUGAAUGUUUUAACUACAUGUAGAUAAAAUACGGAUUUUAUUUGUCCAUCUAAUGUAAUGAAAAAGUGUUUUCAAAUUCUCAUAUUUAUAAAAGAAGAGAUGAUCAUCAUCUAUGACAUUGCAAUGAGAGUGUUUAUGAAAUGUUAUGUGUAAAAUUUAAAUAAAUAUAUUACACUCAUAAACUCAUUGAGCGAAAAUAUAGGUCACAAUAUGUUGUGGUUUUCUUAGAAAGUCCAUGUUGCUAAUUUCGUGUCAUGCCACCCAUAACCAAGUGCACAUCAUGUUACUUGUGAUAAUUGCAGAAAGACCGCAUGAGGUGACUUUGGUAAAGACUGAGAGAGUAAAAAGUUAAUUAUUACUAAUAUAAUAAUUAAUUAACUUUUGUUCAGUAUGUAAAAAUAGCUAAAUUAUACAUGAGUUCAAGCAAGUCAUUUUAGUUCUGCGUAGUUGAUUAACCGCCGGCGGCACACUCGCUUCAUUUACUGCCAAUCUAUCGCAAUAUACGCUCGUUGCUUCACUGUUCGCUAAUCUGUUUUUGCUCUUACUAUGCUGGUACUAGGAGACUUUUCUUCAUUGACAAAGCGUCGAAGUCGAAAAGUAUAUCCGCCACGACACGAAUUUCGAUAUGUGAAAAACCACAGCCUAUGUGAUAGUCACAACUUUCGUGAGUGUUUUUUAUUAGAACCAUUACACAAAUUUCGCGGUGGGGAUCAGAGACAUCACUGAGACUACAACGCGUUGUGCUACUUUUUCGCGUAAUGAGCGUUAUAGAUAUUUGAGUGUAUCAUUUUAUAGAUUGAGAAGGAUAUUCUCACAACAUAUUGUUAUUAAAAAUGGGAGCAAUUUGGUUUCAAAGUACAUACAUAUAAUGAAAAAUUGUCAAUAUUAUGUUUAAUAUCACCAGUAGAAUUGGCACAAUCUAAUUAAGUAUUACUUAAAGUUUAGAAACAUUAUUAAUUAUAACAUUGAUUUAUGGAUAAAAGCAUUAUUAUUGCGGAUUAUUUUAUUUUUCACUACUAUUUCAUUUGUGCUGUCUUAAUUAAU